AUGGCCGCCCCGACGAACGACAAUAACACGAUGGACAUUGAUGACGAUGGGAAUAUUGUUCAUGCAGCCCAGAUCAACAUCGCACAGCGAAGGGACAACCGUUCACCUGCAUAUCAAGUCCUGGAGACCGCAGAGUUGGUGAAUAACAUUGUCCAGUACCUUCCCAUCACCAGUUACCCAGCUUGCAGUCUAAUCAAUCGAGUCUUUCGCGAAGACAUCUUCUUCACCUCGCUCACCUACAAGGACUCCCUCCUCUCGGCGCAACAUUGGAUCGAAUCGAAGCCUCGGCAUAUCUUUAUCCUGAGCGCAUACAUUCUCCAGUACAGUGCCGACGUCGAUGCAGGACUACCCCCUGGCGGCGCGUUGUCCAACCAAUUUGUGUUUUCGUGUCAGACCCGAUCCGACGGCGUGGACAGCUAUGGGAGCAAUGGUAGUAACAGCGACCAGAGGAGUGGCGAGAGCAGCGGACAUGCGGGGACCUCGGACGAGAGCAGUGGUGGCGUGUCGCAUCUUCAGAGGCACCAUACCCAUCAGCCGGGACAUGAUAUCGAGCCCUUCCAUUCCUUUCAUACCUACCAAUCCUCGGCGACCGUGCCGAAUGUCUAUUUCAAGACGAGCAGCCAAUUGCCUCCACACUUCUCGUCCCCUCCAUCAUUGUCCCCUCAUCCCAUUGCACAGCAGAGCGAUUAUAGCUUACCACAUCAACACCACCAAACAACAACGGAAUUUCUUCCAGGACAACAUGUAUCCACCAUGAACGCCAGGGCAACGAUCGCCGAACUCUCGUCGUCGGACCUCCACCAUUACGAGGCGGACAUUAGCACUAACUCGAAUCGGUCGAGUAUGAUGGUUGUCGAUGUCGCCGACAUGUCCCUCUCCCCAAGCCAGAUCCUUCUUCCUCCGCAUGGGCUCUCAACUCUUCCGACACCACGGCAACAGCAAUACCACCAACAACAAUAUCAGCAACAGCAACCAAUGGCCCGAGUCGUCCCUUGCCCAUAUGAACUCCCGACGGAAGGCUCCAUGCAAUACGAAGAGAGCCUGGUCAGUGUCAAGAAGGGAUCCAGGACCAGCACCGGGAGCACAAACAGUCAUGACAGCACUAUUAGCACCAGCAGCAGUUGUAGUAGUAAUGGCGAGGGUCACCACGGGAUGAGUGAUCCUUCUUCGUCCUCGGUCUCGGUCCUUCAGGGUGGCGCGUAUUCUCCGUAUGCUUCUCCAAUCAUGGAAGAGUCGUCUAAUCCCUCGGUCUUUGGAUCGCCGUAUGCUGUGGUGGGAGCAGGAGGAGGAGGAGGAAGUGUAGGGUCGACUUCUGGAGCGAGGGUGGGCUCGGCUAGGAGAGGAGGUGGAGGACAAACUCAAGGGUCGAACAGUCCUGGGUCAGCAAGAAGGAGUGGCAAAGAACUGGCGCCGGAGUAUCAGCGGGAAUCGGCGUUACAGGAACACAACCAGCAACUACAGCAGCUGCAGCGGCAGGGUGGGAGAAGGGACGAAAAGUCGUCGCGUGAUGAUAUCCCGAUGACCCAUAUCGGCGAUCGUGGAGACAUUAGGAUGGACACCUCAAACUCUCACCACCACAGUCAUCACCACAAACAUCGCCAUCAAGAACGCCAACGACUCUCCCGCCAACACCAACAACAGUCACCACCCAACAACACCCGCCCCUCCGAGAACUGGAGCAUGGCCAUUCAAACCUUCUACUACCAAAACUCUGCACUAAACGCCAUGAUCGUCGCCUGUCGAGAACACAUGCUUUCGCCCGAGGGCCAAGGCGGAGCAAUUAUCCUGAAGACGGAUACUUCAAGGGUCAUCUGGAACGAUACGACGAGGCAGGAACAUAUCUGGACGAUUACGCCGACGUUGAUGGAUCGGACCAAUCCUGAUUUUGUGGAAGAAGAUUUUGAUCCUGAUCGUGAUUAUGCGUAG